UGACCUACUACACCGUCUAUUGCUUUAUUACCACUGUUUGUCUGUCGGUAACCACGCUCAACAGGGAAGUCAUUUAGUCUGCACACCUGCAGGUCUAAACAGGUAUAUCUACGCAUUACCAUGGAUUUGUGUACACAGAGCAGACAUUUUUGUUGAUAUUACUUACCAGUCAGAUUUCAGCCAAACAUAUGACUUCCAAGGUUUGAUCAAAACUUUUACAAUGUCAGCAGGAAAGUGACAGAUUUAUCAACAAAGCUACAUGUCAUCAUGUGAUUGUGAAUCCCAGGGUUGGAUAGCUAUUGACAAUGCAAGUGAACAUAGAGAAGUGUGGAAUGGAAAACUUGAAUUCAUCAUCACAGUAACCCUGUGACAUCAGUGAUCGUGAGGUAGUUAUUUCAUAUUAUUUUUCACAUGACUAUAUGGUAAAGUUUUCAUUUCUUUACAAAACAAACUCUUAUUUGUGAGUGUUUACCGAUAACAAUAUAUAUUUAUACAAGAACAACAAACUUCUUCAAGUUUUCAACGAAUAAUUUAGCUUUUUAUCAAAAUGGCAACCCCUAUAAGCCAAAUACCAAUCCGUAUUAAAGGUCAAACGACAUGUAUUCACCACAAAGGGAGACAGCUAGAAUUUUAUUGUGAAAAGUGUCAGGAACUGGUUUGUUCAAAAUGCCUUUCUUCUAUUCACAAAACCCAUCCACUUUGUGAGCUAAGUGAAAUCACUCCUCAGAAAGAACCAGACAUUAAAAACUUUAUAGACAGAACAGAAAAAAAUGACCUUGUACAAAUUGGGAAAUAUAUCACCGCUACUGAUACGCUUCUUAAAGACAACACCAGUACUUUUGAGAAGCUGUCACAAAAGUUAAAAAUGCAAACAGAUAAAUUAAAACAAGAGCUGGACAUGCUUACAGAACAGACACUCUCUCUUUACCACAAAAUGGAAGAGGAUAAUACCAAGCUGAUAAAGAAAUACAAACAGGACCUGGAGAUGUAUGAGAAGCAACUCAAACAAAAAAUUCAAGAAUGUAAAGCAGCUCUUCAGCGUGGUUCACAUUUACAGAUUUAUGAUACAUUUUGUGAGAUCCAGUCUCCUACACACAGUCUCCCUGUAAAACCUGUCCUGGGUACUGCCAACUUCACUCCGAAUGAAAAUCCUCAAGAUCACUUAAAAAAAGCCUUGGGAAAAGUUACCACGUCAGGUCAAGGUCACACUUUAACUGACCAGGAUCGGUCAGUCUCAAUAUCUGAUGAUCUAGGACAACCCUCUACACAACAACAACAGUCAGGAGCAAAAGGACAGAAAGCAGUGACAACAUACAAACUACUGCCACAGACCAAGGUAGUGGAGGAGUGGGAGUCUCCAUGUCACAUUAAUUGUAUAUGUCCCACCACUGAUGGUCAGGUGUGGACCACGGACUUUGCUACAUUAACUCUCCUGGACAGGAAGGGUAAAGUUAUACAGACGGUCAAACACAAUGGCAUGAUCAGUGACAUUAGUCUGUCACCCACCACACACACACUGUGGGUCUGUGAUGAUAACAACAACAUCAUGGAGCUGGUAUCAGGACGACUGACACACAGAUUCCGUACCAAGGAGGAACCCUUCAGUAUAUGUGUUAGAGCCAGUAACCAUGUCAUUGUAGGGAUGACCAAAUACAUCUCAAAAUUUACCACAAAAGGUAAAAUGGUGUGUACUACUAUGGCUAAAGGGACUGGGAAACCAUUAGUGUGUACAUGUACACCAUACAGGAUCUCAGAGUGUCCUGUCACUCACAAUGUGGCAGUCACUGAUUUCAGUCUUGAAAGUGAUGGUGGUGAUGGAGAGCGACAUGUUGUUGUGAUGGACACUGAUUUCAAGGAGCUGUUUCUACGAUCGUUUAAGGGUGAGACUGGUUAUGGGGUGAAGGAAAGCUGGAGUACCUGCGGCCAGUACCUGGUGACUGCCCCAAACCUCGAACCUGUGACCAGGGGUAGAGGGCUAGCGAUCAUAAACAGUCAUACGCCUUAA